AUGGGCUCGUCGUUUAGCUCAAUAGCUGCUGGGGGUGCUUCUGUCGGCGGCAGGAACAAACGCAAAGCUUGUCACGAACGCGACGGUGGCAUGGUCACGAACGCGACGGUGGCAUUCAGCUCGGGCAGCGAGCGCAACGACAGCGGCAGUCCGCACGCAGGUUGCCGCCGCGACAUCGACAGCAGGGUCUCGGACACGAUGGAGGUGACCGUGGCCUUGGUGGACGUGGUCAGCAGCGUCUCCGCCGACAUGGACACGGACGCGGACGCGAUGGUGGCGGGCGACUCGGGCAGCAAGCACAACGGCGGCCGCAGCGCCGCCGUGUGUGCCGCCAACAGCAUGAUCUCGGAGGCUUCCGCGGCGACCGUGGCCGUGUUGGAUGUGAUCGGGGGCGUCUCCGCUGGCAUGGUCACGAACGCGACGGUGGCAUUCGGCUCGGGCAGCGAGCGCAACGACAGCGGCAGUCCGCACGCAGGUUGCCGCCGCGACAUCGACAGCAGGGUCUCGGACACGAUGGAGGUGACCGUGGCCUUGGUGGACGUGGUCAGCGGCGUCUCCGCCGACAUGGACACGGACGCGGACGCGAUGGUGGCGGGCGACUCGGGCAGCAAGCACAACGGCGGCCGCAGCGCCGCCGUGUGUGCCGUCAACAGCAUGGUCUCGGAGGCUUCCGCGGCGACCGUGGCCGUGUUGGAUGCGUCUCCGCUGGCAUGGUCACGAACGCGACGGUGGCAUUCGGAUCGGGCAGCGAGCGCAACGACAGCGGCCGUCCGCACGCAGAUUGCCGCCGGUAGUAGCGUCAGCGGCGUCGCCAGCGACAUCGACAGCAGGGUCUCGGACACGAUGGAGGUGACUGUGGCCUUGGUGGACGUGUUCAGCGGCGUCUCCGCCGACAUGGACACGGACGCGGACGCGAUGGUGGCGGGCGACUCGGGCAGCAAGCACAACGGCGGCCGCAGCGCCACCGUGUGUGCCGUCAACAGCAUGGUCUCGGAGGCUUCCGCGGCGACCGUGGCCGUGUUGGAUGUGAUCGGGGGCGUCUCCGCUGGCAUGGUCACGAACGCGACGGUGGCAUUCGGCUCGGGCAGCGAGCGCAACGACAGCGGCAGUCCGCACGCAGGUUGCCGCCGCGACAUCGACAGCAGGGUCUCGGACACGAUGGAGGUGACCGUGGCCUUGGUGGACGUGGUCAGCGGCGUCUCCGCCGACAUGGACACGGACGCGGACGCGAUGGUGGCGGGCGACUCGGGCAGCAAGCACAACGGCGGCCGCAGCGCCACCGUGUGUGCCGUCAACAGCAUGGUCUCGGAGGCUUCCGCGGCGACCGUGGCCGUGUUGGAUGUGAUCGGGGGCGUCUCCGCUGGCAUGGUCACGAACGCGACGGUGGCAUUCGGCUCGGGCAGCGAGCGCAACGACAGCGGCAGUCCGCACGCAGGUUGCCGCCGCGACAUCGACAGCAGGGUCUCGGACACGAUGGAGGUGACCGUGGCCUUGGUGGACGUGGUCAGCGGCGUCUCCGCCGACAUGGACACGGACGCGGACGCGAUGGUGGCGGGCGACUCGGGCAGCAAGCACAACGGCGGCCGCAGCGCCGCCGUGUGUGCCGUCAACAGCAUGGUCUCGGAGGCUUCCGCGGCGACCGUGGCCGUGUUGGAUGUGAUCGGGGGCGUCUCCGCUGGCAUGGUCACGAACGCGACGGUUGACGCCGGUAGUAGCGUCAGCGGCGUCGCCAGCGACAUCGACAGCAGGGUCUCGGACACGAUGGAGGUGACCGUGGCCUUGGUGGACGUGGUCAGUGGCGUCUCCGCCGACAUGGACACGGAUGGGGACGCGAUGGUGGCGGGCGACUCGGGCAGCAAGCACAACGGCGGCCGCAGCGCCACCGUGUGUGCCGUCAACAGCAUGGUCUCGGAGGCUUCCGCGGCGACCGUGGCCGUGUUGGAUGUGAUCGGGGGCGUCUCCGCUGGCAUGGUCACGAACGCGACGGUGGCAUUCGGCUCGGGCAGCGAGCGCAACGACAGCGGCAGUCCGCACGCAGGUUGCCGCCGCGACAUCGACAGCAGGGUCUCGGACACGAUAGAGGUGACCGUGGCCUUGGUGGACGUGGUCAGUGGCGUCUCCGCCGUCGGCGACACGGAUGCGGACGCGAUGGUGGCGGGCGACUCGGGCAGCAAGCACAACGGCGGCCGCAGCGCCACCGUGUGUGCCGUCAACAGCAUGGUCUCGGAGGCUUCCGCGGCGACCGUGGCCGUGUUGGAUGUGAUCGGGGGCGUCUCCGCUGGCAUGGUCACGAACGCGACGGUGGCAUUCGGCUCGGGCAGCGAGCGCAACGACAGCGGCAGUCCGCACGCAGGUUGCCGCCGGUAG